AUAAAUAAAAAUAAGCAAGUACGACUAUAUAUCUAAUAUCCUCGUACAUUUCUCCCCAAAACAAUCAGAAAUGGCGGUCAAAAACACAUUCCGAUUGUCCCUAAAGCAGUUUCAAUUGCUUCUUCUUCUCUUAUUACUGUGGCCCUUCUCUGCAACUCCAUUGACCUUCAAUUUCCCCAGCUUUCCCCUUAAUGUUACCGCCAAUAUAUCUAUGGAGGGAGAUGCUUUGCCCGAUGGGUCCCUCCGCCUCACCAAAAGUGCCGUCGACGUUCAAAAGAACCAAAGCGUCGGCCGAGCCACCUAUCACCAACCCUUCCUCCUCCGCCAAAACUCCACCGGAAAACUCGCUGAUUUUACAUCAAGUUUCACGUUCGCCAUUAACUCCGGCGGCAGCCCCAAAUUCGGUGAUGGGCUGGCCUUCUUCUUAGCGCCGGCGGGGUCCUUACUGAACCCCACAUUAGGAGCAGGUAGAAGUCUUGGCCUCCCUGUCAACACUACGCUGGAAAACUAUACCAUGUGGACUACUGAAUACCCGUUUGUGGCGGUCGAGUUUGAUAUCUUCCCCAAUAUUGUCGUUGAUUUGGGUGUAAAUUACACUCAUGCGGGCAUCGACAUCAACUCCGUCAGGUCUAAAGUUACAGAACCAUGGAAUGGUGGUAUUAUGGCAGGAGAUGAAAAUAAUGCCACAAUUAGUUACAACUCCACCUCGAAAAAUCUCGGUGUUGCCUUCACUACAUUUGAAAACGGAGUCCAGGUGAUCAAAAAUUUCUCUCUCUCAGCUGAUCUGCUCCAAUACUUGCCCGAUACGGUCAUCGUUGGGUUCUCGGCCGCAACAGGUAGUUGGACUGCUCUGCAUAAGAUCAAUUCUUGGAGCUUUGAUUCAACUUCAUUGGUAGAUGAAAACAGCACAUCAAUUCCUCCUGACCCAACGGUCAAACCCAACUCAGGAAAUGCCAAUGUUGGGCUAGUAGUUGGGUUAGUUGUUGGGGGAGGUGUUAUCUUGGCUGGUGUGUUGGGUUUGCUUUGGUUCAUCUUCUGCAGGAAGAGGAAGGAAACAGCUGGGGAAAGUAGUGAUGAUGACACUAGGAUACUUCAUGAUUUGAUCCCUGAAGAAUUCGAAAAGGGGACAGGCCCUAGGAAGUUUUCGUACAAUGAAUUGGCCCUUGCAACUAGUAAUUUUGAACAGCGAGAAAAGCUUGGGGAGGGAGGGUUUGGUGGAGUUUACAAGGGCUUCAUCAAAGAUAUGAACACGUACGUAGCUGUUAAGAAGAUAUCAAGGGGGUCUAAACAAGGGCUGAAGGAGUAUGCAGCAGAAGUGAGUAUCAUUAGUCGGCUGAGGCAUCGGAAUCUGGUGCAACUCAUCGGUUGGUGCCACGAAAAGAAACUCCUACUUGUCUACGAAUUCAUGCCCAACGGUAGCUUGGAUUCUCAUUUGUUGAAAGAAAAAAGUUUGUUAACUUGGGAUGUAAGAUACAAAAUUGCACAUGGAUUGGCCUCGGGAUUGCUCUAUCUACACCAAGGAUGGGAGCAAUGUGUGCUGCACAGGGAUAUCAAAUCCAGCAAUGUUAUGUUGGAUUCCAAUUUUAACGCGAAACUUGGAGAUUUUGGGUUAGCCAAACUUGUAGACCAUGGAAAACUAUCAAAAACAACAAUUGUGGCCGGAACCAUGGGCUACAUGGCUACGGAAUAUGUUACAACGGGAAAGGCUAGCCAAGAAACAGAUGUCUAUAGUUUCGGAGUUGUUGCUUUGGAAAUAGCUUGUGGGAGAAAACCAAUUGAUCACAGGUAUGAAGAAAAGCAAAGCAAUAUGGUCGAGUGGGUUUGGGAACUCUAUGGAGAAGGGAAAAUCAUUGAAGCAGCCGACCCGAGAUUGUGCGGGGAAUUUGAUGAGAAGCAAAUGGAGUGCUUAAUGAUGGUUGGGUUAUGGUGUGCUCAUCCGGAUUACAACUGUAGGCCUUUGAUACAACAAGCAAUCCAAGUGCUUAACUUCGAAAUUCCAUUGCCCAAUCUCCCAUUGACAAUGCCGGUGGCCUUUGCUCUUCCAUCAUCACUGUCGAAGUCGUAUAGUGGUGACUCUAUUGAGGUCGAAGUGAGUCUUCAGGAUACUACCAUUAACUCCUCACAGUUCACCUCAUCUUCUAUCACAGAUUCCAAUCCAUCAGGAUAGUAAGCGGAUUUAGUAUUGAGCUUAUCUAG